AUGGGGAGCGCGCAAGGCCAGCAGCGAGCGUCGUCGCUGCGGCACGCUGUGGCUGCUGCUGGCGUCGCCCUCGUGCUCUCAUUGCUCGAACUGGCCGUGUUCGGGCAGCGCGCAGCGGCAAGCGCGAGCGAGCAGCGGCGAGCGGCAACUGCGGGUCAAGCGCUGCUGGUGCGCCACACAGCGGAUGCUUUGCCGCUGUCGCGGCUGAUCCGAGCGACACGCGGACAGCGGCGGCGAGGGCGACACGCGGGCAGCGGCGAUGUUGGGGUGAGCUCGGCUCGUUUUCACCUCUGUCCCUUCCCCACUCACCUCUGUCCCUUCCCCACUCACCUCUGCCCCUUCCCCACUCACCUCUGUCCCCUCUCCACUCACCUCUGUCCCUUCCCCACUCACAUCUGA